CUUCUAAGCUCCUCCAUACUCACUCCCGCAACUUUCUACGCCGUGUCGGGACUUCAACCUCCGCCCAUUUCUUCUCUUCUCUCUGAUUCGCAGUUCCUUAUGGGCUUACUCGAACAGCUCUGGGACGAUACCGUCGCCGGACCGCGGCCGGAAAGUGGCCUCGGCAAGCUUCGGAAACACUCAACGUCUUCUGGUCGACCUAGCUCCGGCAGCAAGGAGCUCGAUGGUGGCAGCGCUAGAUCAUACGGAGAAGAUUCUUCAGAAUCGCCGGUGAGGAUCACAAGAAGUAUUAUGAUAGUAAGGCCUCCAGGAUAUCAGAACGGUUCGCCUCCUAUUUCACCGGCCGGAUCCAGUUCUCCGGCGUCUCCCUUUUCUGGUAGAGAAUCCUUCCGGUUUCGAAGAAGGUCGAUCUCCGAGUUAUACACAAAGACAACCGAUGGUGGAUCCGGGAGCCCUUCUUCUCCUCACAACAUGUGAGAUCUAAAGCUUUUCUUGAUCUCUCUUAUAUUCUCCCUCAGUGAAUAUUUCUUCACUUUAUGUAAUUUUUGUGUACUGUAAUAUGCGGCUGCUGUAGUAUCUAAGUAUGGCGAUAUGAAAUUCAGAAAGGUAGUUUGUUAGGAACAAAAAAAGUCUUGUAGGAAGGAGGAAGAUGAUCUUGGAAAAUGUGUAGAGAUGAUGAGGGGUAUUAUAGUCAAAUUAGUACUAAUAUGUAAAUAUUCAUAUUUGAACUUUUUAGGUAGUCACUGUUGUUGGUUUUGUUAGUGGAAUGAGAAAGGGUAGUUCUUUCUUUUUUGUA